AUGGCGGCGACCUUUUGGGGACGUGGUUGCUUCCUUAGGUCCUGCAGGUGGGACCCUCCCCGACUCUCCCCUGAGCUCCCAAAGGCAGCGGCGCGGGGGACCCCGAGCCACCCAGGCCCGGUCCCCCGCUGCAGGGGGGCCUGGCCGGGCGGCGGCCGCCACUACCGCGCCGCGCGCUGCGCCGAGUUGAAGCAGCCCCUGGCCAUUGAGGAGGUGGCCCCCCGCCCUGUCGGGCCUCGCGAGGUCAGAGUUGAUGUCCAUUUCUGUGGAGUUAACUUUGCUGACAUUUUGGUUUGCCGUGGCCAGUAUCAGGAACGGCCCCAGCUUCCCUUCACACCUGGAAUGGAAUUUUCUGGGACAGUAUUGGAGACAGGCACAGAUGUCAGCACAGUGAAAAAGGGAGAUCGAGUAAUUGGUGUGAGUGGCCUUAAUGGAAUGGCUGAAGAAUGUAUCACUGACCAGAAGACAUUGUGGAAGAUUCCAGAAAAGGUGCCCCUCCGGGAAGCUGCUGUCCUGCCCGUAUCCUAUGGUACUGCUAUUAUGGCCCUGGAGCAUCGGGCACGUACCCAGCCUGGAGAAACUGUUCUAGUGACGGCAGCAGCUGGAGCCACAGGCCUCGCAGUGAUAGACGUGGCUACAAAUAUUCUCCAGGCCAAGGUAAUAGCUGCCGCUGGAAGCGACGACAAGUGCCAGCUGGCCAUGCAGAGGGGCGCACAGUCCAGCGUGAACUACAGUCAGGGCAGCCUGAAGGAGGCAGUGAAGAAGCUGGUGGGCAGUGGCGGAGUGAAUGUGGUCAUCGACACCGUGGGGGGAGACAUCUUCCUGGACGCUCUCAGCAGCCUAGCUUGGGAGGGCAGGAUCGUGGUGGUGGGUUUUGCUGGAGGAACCAUUGCUUCCGUGCCGGCCAAUCUCCUGCUCCUGAAGAAUAUUUCUGCCAUGGGUGUGUACUGGGGCCGAUACCAAGACCGGAACUUCCCCGUCUUCUCCAGGAGCCUGUCCUCGGCUCUCCAGUACUGCCAGGAAGGGCGCACACAGCCAUACGUCGGAAAGGUUUUUAAGCUGGAGGAGGUCAAUGAUGCUUUCCUUCAUGUGAUACAGCGCAAGUCCACGGGCAAGGUGCUCAUCUCCCUCAAAUAA